AUGGAGUACCCCACACUGGAAGAGGGCCACAAGGUUGAGCCGAAGCUGUCAACAGCUGAGGUGGAGGAACAAUCCCUGGUGAAACCCGCGGGAUUCUUCCCUAAGGUCCUCUACUAUGAGGCUCUGUUGGAUAAGAAGUUGGGGAUCGAAUCCAACAGUAUCGAGCGAGUGACGCCGGAGAAGAAGCAGCCUCCCAACACUCUGGCCAUGGGCUUGAUCUGGGCGUCUGCGACCAUGAACCUCAGCUGUUUCAGUACGGGAUUCUUGGGGUGGGAGUUUGGCCUCAGCUUGGGGCAGGUCAUCCCCAUCAUCAUCUGCGCGACACUUCUGGGCGGGGCAAUCACGGGUUGGUGUGCUACCUUGGGUCCCGGUACUGGUCUUCGCCAAGUCGCCAUCUCUCGAUAUUCCCUAGGAUUCUACCCAUCGUCUAUCAUCGCCGCGCUGAACGUGGUCGAACAGCUGGGCUGGUCCUCUGUCAGUUGUAUCACCGCCGGCCAGGCUCUCGUCGCCGUCGCAGAUGGAAACAUCUCGAUCAUCGUGGGAGUCAUCAUUGUGGCCUGCCUCAGUCUGGCCAUCGUCUUCUUCGGCCUGAAAGUGGUGAUGAGCCUCGAGCAGUGGAUGUGGCUGAUCGCCUUCAUCAUCUUUAUGAUCGUCUAUGGGCAGUCAGGCAACCAUGCCAACCUCGCCCAACCCGCUACAGUCUCCGGCUUGACCAAGUCCGGACAAGUCCUGAGUCUGAUCAGUGUCAUCUACGGAUCCAGUGCCUCGUGGUCUUCCAUCGUAUCCGACUUCUACGUGCACUACCCGGUCAACACCUCCCGGGUCAAGGUUUUCUUCUUCACCACCCUGGGUAUCUCCCUGCCGACCUGCAUUGGCCUGCUGCUGGGCGCAUGCAUUGCCUCGGCGCUGGACACGAACGAGGAGUGGGCCGCUGCCUAUGACGGCGGCAUCGGCUACAUGCUGCAGGAGCUCAUUCAUCCCAAGAAGUUUGCGAAAUUCUGCUUAGUCCUGAUGGUUCUGGCCAAUGUCGGUAUGAAUUGCAUCAACAUCUACGCCGCUUCCAUCAGCGCGCAGUUGUUCGCCCCGCCCUUCCGCAAGGUGCCCCGCACCAUCUGGACGGUGAUCGUCUUCGGCUGCAUUAUCGCCAUCGGCAUCGCCGGUCGCGACCACCUGCUGACUGUGCUCAACAACUUCCUCUCGCUGCUGGGCUACUGGAACACCUCCUUCUUCGUCAUCCUGUUCUGCGAACACUACCUUUUCCGCGGCGGCAACCUAGCCAACUACGACCUCGACGCCUGGGACACUCCCUCGCGCAUGCCCAUCGGCUUCGCCGGCCUGACCUCCUUCCUCUGCGGCGCCGCAGGCUGGAUCGUCGGAAUGGAUGAGACCUACUACGUCGGCGCUCUGGCGAAGCUGAUCGGCGAGGACGGCGGUGAUAUCGCCAACGAGCUAGCGCUAGUCUUCACCACCAUCUCCUUCAUCCCAUUGAGAUGGCUCGAACUGAAAUAUGUCGGACGGUGA